AAGGAGUUAAGACGAGCCCCUCUGGGCCGGAAGGGGCGCAACAGAGAGUGGGCUUUUGGGGCAGGGGAGGGUCGAGCGGCAGAGUCCCGGCCGGGCGAUGGAGAGCCCGCUGAGCAGCCAAGCGCUGCGGGAGGUUUGCGCCUCGGGAGGAUGCUUGGCCGAAGGCGAGCUCGCCCGGCGGCUGAAGGUCCGGGACGGCUCCACUCGCCUGGCCCGGGCGCUGGCCGACCCCAAGAGAUUUGUGCUGGUGACUCGGGAGGAGGAGGCGGCGGCGGCCGGGGGCGCCGAGCAGCGGGUGGCGGUGGGCGCCACGGAGGCGCGCCUGUGCCAGGAGCACGGCGGGGGCCAGUGCGCUGGGCGGUGCCGCCAGCUCCACCUCUGCCGCUACUUCAUCUAUGGCGGGUGCCGGCAUCAGAGCACCGGGAAACCGUGCAAAUUCAUCCACGACAUUCAUUCAUCGCAUAACCUGGGUGUCCUAAAAGAACAUGGGUUAGAAAGUUUGAGUAGUGAACACUUAUGUCUGCUGCUGCUUCAAAAUGAUUCAUCGCUCCUGCCUGAGAUAUGCACAUACUAUAACAAAGGGGAUGGACCCUUUGGAUCUUGUACCUUUAAGAAGAUCUGUAUCAAACUUCACAUAUGCCAGUACUACCUCCAGGGAACAUGCAGGUUUGGGAGCAACUGCAGACGCUCACAUAACAUUUUUGACCCUGAAUGUUAUGACAAGCUGGAGAAGUGGGGAUUGAGCCGAAUCCUGAUUGGUAAACUUCCCUUGAUCUACAGGAAUAUAUAUGACCUCAAACAUAGUACAACAUCAGCGUUAAAAGCAAGAAGGAGCAGUGGUCAAACACCAGUGACUACUGACAUCAAUGAAGAAUCAAAUAUGAUUUGCCUGUACCACAUUAGGAAAAGUUGUAGCUUCCAAGAUAAGUGUAUCCGAGUUCACUUCCACUUGCCGUACAGAUGGGAAAUCUCGAAUGGUACAGAAUGGAAUGAGCUGCCUCUUAUGGAGGACAUUGAAAAGCGAUACUGUGAUCCCUUCAAUGAAAGGUUUGACUUGGGUGAUGUUGGAAAAGUAGUCAUUAAUUUCUGCAGUAUGACAUGUGGCCGGACCCCAGUUAGACGCCUCUCAACAGCAUCCUCUGUGACCAAGCCGCCUCACUAUAUCCUUACUACUGAAUGGCUGUGGUAUUGGAAAGAUGAAUAUGGGGUGUGGCAUGAAUAUGGGGAACAGGAUAUUGACCUGGAUGCUGCCUCCGUAUGCAGCCUUGACCUUGAGAAAGCUUAUCAAUCCGAAACGUCUCCAACUCUCAGUUUCACAGCUGGGACUCAGAAAUAUGUGCUUGAUUUCAAAGCCAUGAAACAGAAAAACGUGCACUACCAGACAGAACGAGAUGUUCGUAGGCGACCUAAGUUUGUGCCUUUGAAAGAAAUAGAGAAGAAGAAAAUCAGUGGGCCUGAGCUAUUGAAGGAAGGAUCUUCAAAUAUUCCAUCUCAUUGGGACCGGUCAGCCUUACCAGAACUUGGAUAUAAGUUGAUCACCCUUCAGUCAUCAUCAAAUGAGUACAGAAAGGUCCAGGUUAACUUUCAGCGCACAAUGGCCAAGGCAACAAUUAAAAAGAUCCAGAGAAUUCAGAAUCUGGCUCUCUGGGAAGUGUUUCAAUGGCAGAAAGAACAAAUGAAGAAGGCCAAUGGAGGAAAGGAUGUAGAUGAAAGGAUGCUGUUCCAUGGGACAGCUGCAAACCAUGUUGACGCGAUCUGCCAGCAGAACUUUGACUGGAGGAUCUGUGGAGUUCACGGGACUGCCUAUGGCAAAGGAAGCUACUUUGCAAGGGAUGCUUCAUAUUCUGAUAACUACUGCGGACACAAUUCCACCGUAAAAACAAUGUUUCUGGCAUUAUCCAUCUCCAAGACAAUGUUUCUGUCACGGGUAUUAGUGGGGGAGUUUACCAAUGGUUCAUCUCACUAUCUCCGUCCUCCUGCCAAAGAAGGCAAGAACACUCUUUUUUAUGACAGCUGUGUGAAUAACAUCCAUAAUCCGUCGAUCUUCGUCAUUUUUGAAAAGCAUCAAAUUUACCCUGAAUACCUAAUUGAAUAUUCCACUUAGAUUGAACUUACUCUUGAGUAUUGAUUGCUUUUCUUUCUGGUUUACCGACUACAUUGCAGAAGUCUAACUGAAGACUGUUGCAUAUUUUAACUAGUCCAUACUUAUGUGGCUUUCCCCCCCUUACUGUUCAUUCCCCACCCCCCGGGCCCCUGUAAGGCAGCACCAUAUUUCAUGAAUUUUCACUGAAUGCCAUCAAGUUACAGUGAGUCUGCCAUAGAAUAUACCUGCAUAGAAUGGCAUUCCUUUCCACAAUUUCUAGCACAACUUCUGAAGUGUCUUUUCCCUCACUGACAUAGACUGGAAUAUUUUUGCAAUCACUUCCACCAUUUUGAGGGGGCUUUCUGUGAAUCAGUACUGUAGAGAGUCUGUGUAUAAAACCUCAGGUACAUAAGGCCACAGAUGCAAUAUAUGAUGGAUUGCCGGGGGGAGCGGGGGCAUUUCCUAACUUCCCCUACUAAAUAUGUUCCUUGAAGCAUAAUCUGAGAAGCACACCUCUGGCACUUUUAAUGAUAAUAUCAGAAACUUAAUUAUAACUGGAUCUGUGUUAUCUUUAGAUAUCUAGAGUGCAACUACUUGCUCUUUACCUGAGCUGCCUCCCAUGAUAUUUCUAGAGCUAGAAAAGCCUUUUAUUUUACUUGGACUACUCGGAUUCCUUUGUCUACCUCUUAAAGAAAUGUGCUACCUAGGACUUUUCUUUUAAAUUUGUUUUGCAUCGCUUUUAUGGUAAGCACUCUUCAUUUUAAAAUCCAGAUUUUCUUGGAAAAGCAUCAUUUUUAAUGAAAGUGCUUUUAAUAGAGCUCUUUUAAUGAAAGCAUUUUAAAAAGUGUAUUCUGGCUACUGGGAAAGGUAUCUAUAAUCUUGCAGUUUGGACUGCUUCAGAUAUUGCUACAUAUAUGUGAUUGUGGUCUCAGCCUCAGUGGAAACUUGUAUGCCUCUCUGAAUAUUACUAAAGGCCAUGGAAAAGUCUUGACAUCUGAUACCUGUAUUGUUAAAAUAAUUCUUCUUUUAGUUCAGUGGAUAAAUUUAGCUCAGCUUGUGAUGCGAUCUCAUCAGGGUUUCCAAGGAUCUACUGUUUUAGCUCAAGUUCCUGAACCUUUUGAUGUUGUAAGAGUCAAGUGGAUACAUCUUGGCUUAUCCUUUUCUUGCAAUGUAGCUGGUUCUCCUCAAGUACAAAUUAAAGGAUUAUUAAUUUGAA